CCAAUAGCUCCUCUUUUCUCAUUCGGCCACUGAGUCACGCCGCAGCCCCCUCCCUCAUCUAUUUCUCAUUUUCUCCCAAUCCCCUCGCUGUCGCUGUCUCUGUCUUCCCGUCGGACAUCCUCACUGAGUCACGCCGCCGCCCCCGGCCAGGCCCCAGCUCCCUCUUAUAACUUUCUCUCCAUUCCCUCACUGUCACUGCCUUCGAAGCCGCAGUACAAGACAUCGUCGCCUGCCCUCAACCUCGCCGCUUCUCAUCGAAGCCGCAUCACUGAAGCUACUCGGCGGUGCUCCUCGCAGUGUUGAACUUUCAGGUUGAUUCAAUAUGCCCAAAAAGAAUUCUUCAAAGGCAACUUUGCAAGCAGAAGAAUGUACUGUUGUAGGGCCAGAAAAACCCACUUCAACACUGAAGAAACCCAGCAAUGAGAUUGAUGAAAUCUUCUCUGGAAAGAAGAGGAAAAAACCUGAGAAACAAAAGAAUGAUAAGGCAAAUGAAACUGAAUCUGAUAAACCAAAAUCAUUGAAGAAGAAAAAGAAGAAGACUGAAGAAGAUAAAGAGGGAAGGCUUACAGACCCACCUUCUAGGCAUCGAAAGAAAACCAAGGAUGGACUCAAUAUCUAUACUGAAGAGGAAUUGGGUAUUAACCACUCCAAUGCUGGAGGUACACCACUUUGCCCAUUUGAUUGUGAUUGUUGCUUUUGAUGAUUUUCAUCAAUGGAGCAGCUUCUUGGAUUGGAUGGAACAAUUUAGAUUUAAAUAUAGUUUUGUCAUUCUCAUUUUGAUUCUGGAAUUCUGGUUUGCAGAAAAUUUUGUUCAACUUUUUCCUUGUCUUGUUACAUGCUAGAAUUAGAUUAAGUGGAAAUCA